GUCAGAUGCGCUCCUGCACCACCGAUCUAUAGCAAAGCCGAGGCCUCUUCCGCCGCCGCCAUGGACCGUAAACCCUGUACCCGCUCGGCCCAGCCGUCGAAGAACCCCGUCGCUGCGGUUUACGACACAUCACACCGUCCGCGACGAGGGGAUCCUGCAGAUGCGGAAGGUGAAGCGGAAGCGAGAGGGAGGGGGUGGGAUGGACGGGACGGGGAAGGAGGACAGGUUGGAGAAGAAAAAGAAGGGGAUGGUGAAGGAGAAGAAAGGGGGAGAAAAGCUGAAGAAGGGCAAGGGAGGUGGGAUUCUGACAAACAAGCUUUUCUCCGACCUCGACAUCUCCGAGCUCACUGCCAAGGCCAUCAGGGAGAUGAACUACACCCACCUCACCGAGAUUCAAGCUAGAUCAAUACCGCAUCUGAUGGAACAAAGUGAUGUGAUGGGUUCAGCCAGGACUGGCUCAGGGAAGACCCUUGCCUUCCUUGUACCAGCGAUCGAACUGCUCUGCAGCUCCCACUUCUUGCCGAGGAACGGGACUGGAGUUAUUGUGAUUUGCCCGACAAGGGAGCUUGCUAUCCAGACACACGAUGUGGCCAAUGAAUUAAUGAAGUAUCACUCACAAACUCUUGGACAUGUAAUUGGUGGCACUAACAUGAGAAGUGAGGCCAACCAGCUCGCGAAAGGGGUCAAUGUAUUAGUUGCAACGCCAGGCAGGCUUCUAGACCAUCUGCGAAAUACGAGUAGUUUCAAUUACAAAAGUCUAAAGUGCCUUAUAAUUGAUGAAGCUGACCGCAUACUUGAGCAAAAUUUCGAGGAAGAUAUUAAACAAAUAUUUAAACGCCUCCCUCAGGAUAGACAAACUGUUCUUUUUUCUGCCACACAGACUCAGGAGGUUGUAGAUUUUGCAAAUUUUACUUUCCGGAAAAAUGAAGAAAGGCAACGAAAACUUGUUUAUGUUGGCGUUGAUGAUUCUGAAAUAAAGCCCACCGUUGAUGGCUUGCAGCAGGGUUACUGCGUCAUUCCUAGUGAGAAAAGGUUUCUGGUUCUGUAUGCUUUCCUAAGGAUGAAAGUGCGCCAGAAGCAGAAGGUCAUGGUGUUCUUUUCAUCAUGUAGCUCAGUCAAAUUCCAUGCAGAGGUUCUAAAUUUCCUCAGAGUACAGUGUGAUUAUAUCCAUGGUCAAAUGAAGCAGCAGAAACGAACUAGUACAUUCUUCCGAUUUAAGGAAGAAAAGGGUAUCUUAUUAUGCACUAAUGUGGCAGCACGUGGCCUUGAUAUUCCUAAUGUGGACUAUAUUGUGCAAUAUGAUCCUCCAGAUGACCCAAAGGAUUACAUUCACAGAGUUGGUCGUACUGCCCGAGGUAAUGAAGGCAAAGGAAGUGCGUUACUGUUCUUACUACCAGAAGAAUUAAAGUUGCUCAUUCGCCUGCAGGCGGCCAAUAUUUCCCUGACUGAAUAUGAGCCCAGUGAAAAGAAAGUGCUCAAAUUGCAAUCAAAAUUUGAGUAUAUUGUUGGUGGGAAUUACGUACUAAACGAGUCCGCGAAGGAAGCUUACAGUUCCUACCUUCUGGCAUACAACUCACACUCUAUGAAAGACAUUUUUGAUAUCCAUCGACUCGAUCUCAAGAAAGUAGCGGCAUCAUUCGGUUUUAAAGACCUUCCUAAAGUGAGUCUGAACCUGGAGAGUAGUGCAUCGAAACACCGAAAGAUGAGGAAGGGGGCUGGUGGACGGAGGCAUGGAAUUGGCCCUUCAAACCCCUACGGGAGGAGAGGUGGCUAUGAUCGCAGGCAGCUUGCAAGAUUUAGAAAGGAUAUGUAAGAAUUGUUUGGCUUUUUUAUGAAGCGACACACCCCUGCUUUUGUUGCUCGUUAGCACCACGCUGUAGCUGAAGCAAGUCUAUGGUAUUGCUGAUUCAGCAAAUCGUAAAAGGAAAAAAAAGUCAAGCAGACAAAAUGUUUAAUCAGAGAAUUUGACAAGUAAAAACGUUAGUCAAGAAAUUGUAGAUGCAAGAUUACUCAAGCAACAACAGUGGUUGGUUCCUUCA